AUGGGCGACCGCUACGCUUUUGACGAAGACCUGCAAAGCGAAAGCGGCUACUUCUACGCCCGUUUGCGCCACGAACGUUACCUCAAUGGCCAGACCCAACUCAGCGGCGACAGCAGCAGCGCCACCCUGGCUCCUGCGCAGGUACUCAAAAUCUCCGGCGGCGCGCCACAGGCCUUUGCCCCCGGUGCGGUGAUCACGCAACUGACCACCCGGGCUGCCCGCGACCGCAGUUUCGACGUCAGCUUUAAGGCCAUUCCCUACUCGGAGACCGUGUGCUUCCGCCCGGAGCUCAAGAAAAAACCACAAAUCGCCGGCACCGUCCCGGCCCGUGUCACCAGCCGGCAGGCCAACGACCCGUACGCCGAAAUCGAUCUGGAAGGGCGCUACCGGGUCAACUUCCUGUUCGACCGCGACACCUGGAAGCCCGGCCAGGAAAGUAUGUGGCUGCGCCUGGCCCGCCCGUACGCAGGCGACACCCAUGGCCUGCACUUGCCGCUGAUAGCGGGCACCGAAGUGGCCAUUGCGUUUGAGCAAGGCGACCCGGACCGUCCCUACAUCGCCCAUGCCUUGCACGAUAGCCGGCGCGGGGACCAUGUGACCUUGCGCAACUACAAACGCAACGUGCUGCGCACGCCGGCCAACAACAAACUGCGCAUGGACGACACGCGGGGGCAGGAGCACGUCAAGCUCAGUACGGAAUACGGUGGGAAAAGUCAGCUGAACCUUGGGCAUUUGGUGGAUGCCGAGCGCAAAAAAGCGCGGCGAAGGUUU